UUAUACGGUCUCACUGACCGGAGCAUGCUUGAAGUGUAGGUGAAGAAAACGAGAAAAACGAGAGUUUGACCAAAUAUAAGGAAAAUAGAGUUUAAAUCGACGUUAUAAUGGGAGUUCCAGCAUUCUUUCGCUGGCUGAGCCGAAAAUAUCCAUCCGUGAUAAUCGAGUGCAAUGAAAACAAGCAGGUGGACCCGGACACCGGGCGAAACAUCUACGAGGACGCCACCUUGCCGAAUCCGAAUGGGAUAGAAUUUGACAAUCUCUACCUGGACAUGAACGGUAUUAUCCAUCCGUGCACGCAUCCGGAAGACAAGCCGGCGCCCAAAAACGAGGACGAAAUGAUGGUGGCCAUCUUCGAUUGCAUUGAUCGCUUAUUCGGCAUCGUGCGUCCCCGGAAACUGCUGUACAUGGCCAUCGAUGGCGUGGCUCCGCGGGCCAAGAUGAAUCAGCAGCGAUCUCGUCGAUUCCGGGCGGCCAAAGAGACCACCGAAAAGCGGCUGGAGAUAGCACGGAUCCGCGAGGAGCUGAUGAGCCGCGGCUGCAAGCUGCCGCCGGAGAAGGAGAAAGGAGAGCAUUUUGACUCCAACUGCAUCACGCCGGGCACCCCGUUCAUGGACCGACUGAGCAAGUGUCUGCACUACUUUGUCCACGAUCGGUUGAACAACAACCCGGCCUGGAAGGGCAUCAAGGUGAUCCUGUCGGACGCCAAUGUGCCCGGUGAGGGUGAGCACAAGAUCAUGGAUUACAUCCGCAAGCAACGUGCCCAGCCGGAUCACGAUCCCAACACGCAGCACGUCUUGUGCGGAGCCGACGCUGAUCUCAUCAUGUUGGGACUGGCCACGCACGAGCCCAACUUCACCAUUAUUCGGGAGGAGUUCCUGCCGAACAAGCCGCGUCCCUGCGACAUCUGUAACGGUUUUGGCCACGAGAUGGACAAGUGUGUCGGACUAGGAGCCACUGCACCGACCGGCGCUAACUUUAAGCCCGAUGUUCCCAUCGGCGCCGAGGUAAAGUUCAUCUUUGUGCGGCUGAGUGUGCUGCGCGAGUACCUGAAGCAGACUCUUGAAAUGCCGAAUCUGCCCUUUGAGUACAGCUUUGAGCGCGCCUUGGAUGACUGGGUGUUUAUGUGCUUCUUCGUGGGCAACGAUUUUCUGCCACAUCUGCCUAGUCUGGAGAUUCGCGAGGGUGCAGUGGAUCGCCUGGUGGAGUUGUACAAGAAUUGCGUUUAUAAGACAAAGGGCUAUCUUACCACCUCGGGAGAUGUAAAUCUGGACCGGGUGCAGCUUAUUAUGACCGACUUGGGCAAUGCGGAGGACCAGAUCUUCAAGAGCCGACAACGGCGCGAGGAGCAGUUCAAGGCCAGGGACAAAGCUCGCAAGAGGCAAGAACGGAAUCAGGAUCACGGAUCUUUAAAUCAAUCUGCAUUUGGCGCCAGCGCCGUAGGUCCAAACAGCCAGCAGAGGAGCGUUGGCAACUACAAGGAGGAGGCUGCGGCCCUUAGGAAUAGAAAACGGACGGGUGAUCAAGCCGAUUUAGAUGAUGAAGAAGAGGAGGAUAACGACGAGGUGCGAUUGUGGGAGGAUGGCUUCAAGGACCGCUAUUACGAGUCCAAGUUUGAUGUGGCACCAGGAAACCAGCAGUUCCGCUACGCUGUAGCCCUGCAGUAUGUCCGAGGAUUGUGCUGGGUUCUAAAGUACUACUACCAGGGCUGUUCCUCCUGGAACUGGUACUUCCCAUACCAUUAUGCUCCCUUUGCAUCGGAUUUCGUCAACAUCCAGGGGCUGUCCACCGUGUUCGAAAAGGGAACAAAGCCUUUUAAUCCGCUCGAGCAACUGAUGGGCGUCUUUCCGGCAGCCAGUAGCUCGCACGUGCCCGAGCCCUGGGCAAAGCUCAUGUCCGACCCGGAUUCACCAAUCAUUGACUUCUAUCCGGAGGACUUUAAGAUCGAUCUGAAUGGCAAAAAGUUCGCCUGGCAGGGAGUUGCUCUACUGCCAUUCGUCGAUGAGAAGCGUCUCUUCAAGGCUUUGGUUCCCUACUAUGACCAACUUACUGGAGAGGAGGUGAAGCGCAACAAGCGUGGUGACAAUUACCUGUACAUCAGCAACCAAAGUCCGCACUACAAAAAGGUCAAAAAAGUGAGCGAAAAGGAUGAUGAGAACGUUUGCAAAGCCAUCUCAUUUGACGGUAUGCGCGGCACUUUGGGACAAACCGAUCUAAACACUGCCAUCAGCGGCAUUCUGAAGUCGCCGAUUUCCGGGCUAUCGGACAUCAAUGAUAACAUAACCGUGACGACCACGUUCAAGGAUCCGGAGUACGAUGAUGAUUACAUUUUUGAAGCGAAGCGUCUGGAAAACGCCGUAGAUCCGCCACAGGUGCUGCCCAAUGAGCAGUCGGGAAACAAGCAUCGUCCCGUCAUCGGUUUUAAUAGCCAUUUGACCAGAGCCUACGUUCCGGACAGUGGGCACCGCAUGUUGAACGCUGGAAUUAGGAACCAACAGGGAGGCGGUGGCGGAGGCUACGGGCAAGGAGGGGGCUACGGGCAGGGUGGAGGCGGAAACCAAGGACAGGGCUAUCAGAACAAUAGCCGAAACUAUAACUACAACUACAACAAUAACUACAACCAGCAUCAGGGUGGCGGCUAUCAAAACAACUACAAUAACCGACAGCAAUAUGGCCACAAUCAGAGAUACAAUCAGGACAAUUCGAACCAGCAGCGCAACUUCAACAACUACAAUGGCCCAAGGAAUAACAACUACCAGCAACAAGGCGGCAGCAGACAACAGAACCAGAAUUAUAGAAGAUUUUAAGUAUAUCAUACAUACAAAAUAAUAUGUAGCUGAUAACAAAAGUUUAAUCCAUGUUGAAUACCAUUAUUUUUUAAUGAAGAAAAUAUACUGAUUAAGGAUUUUCAAACCAA